CACAAACUUGAUCUUGUAAACACACACGCACACGCACACGUAUUUACACGAACAAGAACGAGCGACCAACCAACCCCUCGGGAUUACGAGUCUCUGCAUCCACUUGGACCAAGCGGGGGAGCUCGCGCUCGCGCGCCCACGCCAAACGACUUUUGGUCAAUCCAAACCAGCUUAUUAUCCAUCCAUCGGCGUCGUCCCUCCCUCCCUCUCCGUCUCUGUCUCUCCGCCAACCAAAACCACAACCACCACUACGUUACAAACGGCCGCUCCUCUUUGCAACAACAACAACAGCAGCAGCAGCAGCAGCAGCAGCUCCCGUCAACCGUACCGCCCGCCUGCCCGCCCGCCCCCAGCAGCCAUGGCCCCCCCUCAGCAACAACAACAACAACCAGCCGGCGCCGCCACCAAAGAUGCCAUCACCUGCCACGUCCUCGACACCACGGCCGGCCGCCCCGCCAGCGGCAUCCGCGUCGUCCUCGAGCAGACGGGCUCCUCGGCCGCCGCCGCGGGCCAGUCCCGCCCCGCCACCUUCGAAGCCCGAACCGAUGCCGACGGCCGCAUCGCCAGGUGGCAGCCCUCGGGCGAAACAUCCCUCGCCGUCGGCGACGUUCUCGCCUCCCUCAAGGGUCCCUCCCGCUGGGCCUUGCGCUUCGACACCGAGAGCUACUUUGGCGAGGGUAAAACCUUCUUUCCGGAGGCCACCAUCGUCUUCCGCGUCGACGAGGGCCAGCACUAUCACGUCCCCCUCCUGCUGAGCCCCUUUAGCUACACCACGUACCGGGGCAGCUAGGCCGACCGUCUGUAGCGAAUUGAGAAACAAAACAAAAACGCAAAAACCAUGUAUCGCAGCUUACUGUCCAUAACUUGAGCUGAUCAGUCUACCCAUGCCUCUGUGAUACUCCCG